AAGUACCUCGCGUCGGGUUGAUACAUGGGUGUACCUAAUGUUAGUUUUACUUGGAGGUCGAUUAAAGUUCUUCGAGCGAUCGUAUCCACUAUGAGCGCGAUCGGUUUGAUCGUGGUGUUCGCUGGCAUAAUGUGGGCAAUAAAACUUAGACGAGACAUUGGCGAUUAUCUUAAUCUCGCAGUCCCAGGUGAUGGACACCUUUGGCCAACGGUGAUAGUAGUCGCAGCUGUACCAUGCGCUCCUGUUUACUUGCUUGGAUUGAAAGCCUACCUCUGUCUUAAUCUUGGCGCACCAAGAAACAAAAGUCAAUUCGAAGAAGACGAUUCCGAGCACUCGGACUUUCAAGAUUCUGCCGACGAUAUUAAUAAUGAAAAGAACAGUGGUCUCGAAGCCAAUCGUAUAUUAUUCCUCCAUGCUAUUCUCUGUUUGAUCUCUGGAUGUCUCGUUGCUGCCAUCAAUGUUGCUUGUUUUCUAAAAUCUACUACAUUUCAAGAAAAGAUUCGCGACGACGGAUCUUUCGAUAAUCUGAUCGAAGCUAUGGACAAUUAUGCUAACGACGAUCGAGUUAGAUCUUGCGUAGAUGCCGUUCAAAUGGAAUUCCAAUGUUGCGGUAGCGAGGAUUAUCGCGAUUGGUUUCACAUCAGUUGGGCUAAAAGAUCGACGGAAUAUUUUGACUAUGUGGAUAACGAACGACAACAGGAGGGGCAAUCGAUGGAAAAGGACGAAGGAAAAAUGGCAACUGUCAAAGAUGUACCGUUUUCAUGUUGUACCAACAAAUUCGUAGAACCAUGUGGACAUCGAGAAAUUCUUGGUGCUAGUCAAGUUUGUAAUUUCGAUUUCAAUAAGGAAGAAACUGUUUGGAACGUUGGAUGUCGUUCCAUCAUUUUAACCCACGCUAGAGUGAUCGGAUUAUUUUUAAUAUUUUUCUUAAUUUGUCUCUCACUUUAUCAGUUUCUGCUCGGCAUACUGUCACGUUUAGUUCAGACCGCGCACAGCAAUGAAUUUUAUAUCGGCCCGGAAAAACUUCAUUAUCGCGCUUGGAUUUUCAGUCGCAUUUCGAGUCCAUGUUCUAAACAUCAUACAAAUUUAUUCCAAGAAUCGGACGAAGAUACUAUAGAAACGCGAUCGUUGGUACAAGAAACGUUGGAAUCGCCGCCUAUCGUUUCUUCCGAAAAGAGAAAUUUAAGCAAACGGAAACGUCAACAGGAACACAAAUUUGUAUUAACCCCGCGUGGAUCGGUACAACUGUUGCAAAUAGAUCGUCUCAGAAAAAUUCGAUCUAGUCCAAUUUUGUCGACAAACGAACCUGUCAAAAGUACAUACAAACACGAUCAAGGAAUAUCACAGGAUGACAAUGAAAUUUCGUCGGGAAAAAAAAGUGACAUAUCUAUGAGAGCGAAUUUGAAAUCUCGCGAAAAUAAAAAUGUAUCUAACGCAAUGAUUGCACCCGUACCUCCUCCGUUUCCUCCCCAAUCCGAGGAGUACGAAGAAAAAAGGAAUUUUGUUGGAAAAAACAAAGAGUUUCCAAAUACGAAGCUGUUGCCUUCGACAUUUUUCCGUUUCACCGAUAACGAUAAAGUAGAAAAGGAAUUUAUUUCUAAACCGAGCAAACAGGAUCGACAAAAAUUGUUAGACAAAUUCGAACAAAUUCUUAAAAUCGAGGAAAAAAGUCGCCGAGAAUCCGGUGGAGCUGACGUUCCAAGAGCUUGGGAACAGUUGGUUCAACGAAGUAUCGUUUCUCCUGAAAAAGUUGAUCAAAGUUCAAGAGGAAGCGAGAAAAGUCACGUUCUUUCGAGAUUUCAAGCGACUGAUGCUUACGAUCGAUUUCGCGGUACGUUACAAGACACUUUGUCGAGACGAGAGAAUCCUCAUGUCCAGAAUAGAACGGUUAGUCGAGCCCCCGCGAGACCUCGAAUGCUGUGCGCUUGUUGCGCGAAACGCGGAUCCUCUAGAUGCAAACUUCAACAGACGGCCAACGUUGAUCCCGAAGAUUUUCCAAUGGUUCAACGAACAAACUUACUCCCAGAUAUUCCUUGUCCUCCGACUCCACCACCAAUAAUACCUUUACCUUUCCAUGCUUCUUGCGCAUCCCCGCGUUAUCCAAGACCAACUUUGAUCAGACGACAGCAACAAGAGCAACGGAGGCAACAACAAGAGCAACAGAGGCAACAACGGCAAUUCAGAAGGAAUUUCAACGACAAGCAGCAGCCACCGCCAUGGACUUUGGCUACCUCUUUCUCACAUCCUUCCAAUAACAAUUGCAUACACUGUCAAACACGACAUUUCUUUAAUACCAACAAAGAAUACUCGACGUUUAAACAAAACUAUCGUCGUUAAAAAUAGCUUAGAAAUUCAAAUAGGUUUUAUUAAUAUGCUCCAAGGUACUUACUUUCUUUUCUACAUUUGUUGGAAAUGAAUAAGGAAAGGUAUUGCAAUAUGAUCAGAAGGGUUACAGCGGCAACGUACAAUAUUCUGUUUAUUUGCCGAGAAGUAAAAUACACAGGCAUUUGUUAUAUAAUAAUAUUAUUAUUAUUAUUAAUAAUAAUAAGAAGAAGAAUAAUUAUAAUAAUGAUGAUAAUAAUAUAUAAUAAUCAUAAUAAAUAACAAUAAUAAUGGUACUCUGGCGAAUAAUACUUCUUAUUACCACGAUCUCUGAGAUACAUCUAGCAAC